AUGCCGUGGAGCCCGAAAGAAGUUGAAAAUUACAAGAAAAAAAUUCCUGUCGUAUUACACAUGAAAUUACAAAUAGCCGAUGUAUUACUGACAAAAAUAAUAUCAUUGGUAAGUACAACCAAUACACUGGCAGAACGUAAUCAACAUCUUCAAAAUGUCUUGACCUUCUUGAGACAACGAGCUAAAGAUACUGAAACAAACCACAAAUUUCUCUUAACAAAAAAGAACGAAAUUGAAGUUUCCGGUCGGUUAAAUGCUCACAUGCACGAACGCUUUUUACGUGAUAUUCCAUUAUAUGCUUUUAUGAAUGAUAAUCAUAAAACUGUUUUCAUUAAAAAAUUAUGUGGUGCCUUUUUUGAUAUCAUGAAGUUAUAUAAUAUUACUGAUAUAUAUCAUCAGCAUGUAAACAAUCAAUUGAUUGGCGCGAAAGAUAUAAGAAUUUAUUCGGAGGCAAUGCUGUCAGCAUCUUCUGAAUAUAUAUAUAUAUUCAUGUGUUGGGCACAAUCAUGCGUUAGAAUUGCAUCAAGAAUAUAA